CUCUCACCCCUUCCUUUCCUCUCCACACUUAUCACGCCACCUCACCACACCACACCCCCCUCUCGCUUUGGUUUGGAUAUUCAUUAAUUAAUGGAUAUCCGACGGAGACCUCCUAAACCGCCGGUUAACCCCAACCGGUUCCUCGAUAACCGCUCUCCUCCUCCUCCUCCUUCCUCCGAUGACGACAUCGAUCGCAACCGUUCUCCGAAAGCCUCCGACGCGCUGCCGCUCCCUCUGUACCUCACCAACGCCGUCUUCUUCACCCUCUUCUUCUCCGUCGCCUACUACCUCCUCCACCGCUGGCGCGACAAGAUCCGCUACAACACCCCUCUCCACGUCGUCACCAUCACCGAGCUCGGCGCCAUCGUCGCCCUCAUCGCCUCCUUCAUCUACCUCCUCGGCUUCUUCGGCAUCGAUUUCGUCCAGUCCUUCAUCUCACGCGCCGACUCCAACGACUCCGAUCGAGAUUACCUCGUGAACGACGACCACCACCGCCUCGUCACGUGCCCCCCUCCGAUCGUCGCCAAGCUGCCGAAUCCGGAGCCUCCUCUCCCGGAGGAAGACGAGGAGAUCGUGAAAUCGGUGCUCGACGGGGUCGUCCCUUCGUACGCGCUCGAAUCUCGCCUCGGGGAUUGCAAACGCGCGGCGUCGAUAAGGAGAGAAGCGUUGCAGAGGAUGACCGGGAGGUCGAUUGAAGGAUUGCCGUUGGAUGGAUUCGAUUACGAUUCGAUCUUGGGGCAAUGCUGCGAGAUGCCUGUGGGAUACGUGCAGAUCCCCGUGGGGAUCGCUGGACCGUUGCUGCUCGACGGUUACGAGUACUCUGUUCCCAUGGCGACGACGGAAGGGUGUUUGGUGGCGAGUACUAACAGAGGGUGCAAGGCUAUGUAUGUAUCCGGUGGUGCGACGAGUACUGUGCUUAAGGAUGGGAUGACGAGAGCGCCUGUUGUGAGGUUUGCUUCGGCGAGGAGAGCUUCUGAGCUUAAGUUUUUCUUGGAGAGUCCUGAGAACUUUGAGACUCUGGCUGUUGUUUUCAACAGGUCGAGUAGAUUUGCGAGGCUGCAGAGUGUUAUGUGCACGCUCGCGGGGAAGAAUGCUUAUGUGAGGUUCAGUUGUAGUACUGGUGAUGCUAUGGGGAUGAACAUGGUAUCCAAAGGUGUUCAGAAUGUUCUUGAGUUUCUUACUGAAGAUUUUCCUGAUAUGGAUGUCAUUGGAAUCUCUGGUAACUUUUGUUCGGACAAGAAGCCUGCUGCUGUGAACUGGAUAGAGGGACGUGGCAAAUCGGUUGUGUGCGAGGCGGUGAUCAGAGGAGAGACCGUGAACAAGGUGUUGAAGACGAGCGUGGCUUCUUUGGUGGAGCUCAAUAUGCUCAAGAACCUCACGGGGUCUGCUAUUGCAGGGUCUCUAGGUGGAUUCAACGCUCACGCCAGCAACAUUGUUUCUGCUGUGUUCUUAGCGACUGGUCAGGAUCCAGCUCAAAACGUGGAGAGCUCUCAGUGCAUCACAAUGAUGGAAGCUAUUAAUGACGGGAAAGAUAUUCAUAUCUCUGUUACUAUGCCGUCUAUUGAGGUGGGGACAGUGGGAGGAGGAACACAGCUUGCGUCUCAAUCUGCGUGUCUGAACCUGCUCGGAGUUAAAGGAGCGAGCAAGGAGGCGCCGGGGAUGAACUCAAGGAGGCUAGCGACGAUAGUGGCCGGAGCAGUUUUGGCGGGAGAGUUAUCACUAAUGUCAGCAAUAGCAGCUGGACAACUUGUGAAGAGUCACAUGAAAUACAAUAGAUCCAGCAGAGACAUCACUGGAGCAACGACGACGACGACAACAUGAUCUGAACCAUCAUCAUCAUCCAUCAUCAUCUCUGUCUGGCCCAAAACUCGAAGGAGGACAAAAAUGUAAAGAAGGCAGGCUUUUUACAACUCAACUCUCUGGUGGACACACUAAGCCAUGUGCGUGCCCUUGUCUUCUUUUGUUCAAUAAAAAUUAAAAUUGUUUUUUGUUUUUGUUUGACUUUUAAACUUCUUUUUUUUUUGUGGGGAUUAAGAGGGAGAGAAUUGUGAUUGUCAUUUUCUCCUUCUUUUUCUCUCACUCAUGGAUAAUUCAUGUUCUAUUUGAUCUGUCUAAGCUUUGUCUUGUGUUUGUUAGCAAGUGUUGUGUCUUGUCUAUAUGAUGAUGGAAAACAUGUAUGCAGUUGCGUUUAAGGAUAUGAGUGCGUACUUGCUGUGAUU